AAGCUCGGCGAGUUUCCCCGUUGGACGUGAAACAUCCCGAGUGGCACAACAGAGUCUGCGGUCUGUCGCCGUCUUUUUCGUCAUCGAGAAGUUCCGCCGUCUGCACAGACAGGUGUUGGAAUGAACAGGUCCAGGUUCAGCUCGGAUAAAAAAGCCCCCCAACCUCCAGUCACCAGGAUAACCCGCAGCUCCAGCUCCCAGGCCAGGCACACCAACCCAUCAGAGUCCCAGGACUCUGGGCCGGGCCCGUAUGGAAAGCAACGAAAGAAGCAGGCGGACUCGACUCUGGCUCAGGACCUCAGCCAGAUGAGUGUGAGUGGACAGGACGUUUUACCCACUAGCACUGGCCCCAUGCAGGAUGGUCAGUCCUCUGGGUCCAGACCUGCUCAGGGCAGCCCAUCUGCUGCCAAGUCAUCAUCCCGAGGAGGUCUUGCCUCUGUGGCUCGGCUAGUGAAGCUUGGCCGAUGUAAGAACGUGGUGGUGGUGGCGGGAGCAGGAAUCAGCACAGCCAGCGGGAUCCCAGACUUCAGAACUCCAGGAACAGGUCUUUACGCCAACUUGGAGAAGUACAACAUCCCUUACCCAGAAGCCAUUUUCAACAUUGACUACUUCUCCAAUGACCCACAGCCUUUCUUCUCCCUGGCCAAAGCGCUGUAUCCUGGCAGCCACCGACCCAACUACAUACACUACUUUAUCCGCAUGCUUCAUCACAAAGGCCUGCUUCUCCGAAUGUAUACGCAGAACAUUGACGGACUGGAGAAAUUGUGUGGCAUCCCAGACGAUAAACUUGUGGAAGCCCAUGGUAGUUUUGCCACAGCAUCCUGUCACUUGUGCUACACUCCGUACCCUGCUGAGGAGGCUAAGCAUGCUAUAAUGAAUGACAACAUUCCCAUAUGCACAUUCUGCGCCGCUACAGUCAAACCUGAUGUUGUCUUUUUUGGAGAGGACCUUCCUCAGAAGUAUUUCCUCCACACGAAAGACUUCCCCAAGGCAGACCUGCUAAUCAUUAUGGGCACGUCUUUACAGAUUGAGCCAUUUGCCAGCCUGGUGAACACGGUGCGCUCAACUGUGCCACGUCUCCUCCUGAACCGACAUGCUGUGGGUUCUUUUGAGAAGGUCCCACUGCGGAGAGGAGACCAUAUGGAGCUGGGUGACCUGGAGGAUACAGUCCGGAGGUUUGCUGAACUGCUCGGCUGGAACAACGAGAUCAAAGAGCUGAUGAGGAGUCAGGAAACAGUGAGCAUCCCUAUACUGAUAAACAGCGCUCCAUCAGUGAGUGGACAGACGCCUUGCCAGGGCAGAGGUACAUCAGAGCCUCCAAGUAGGAUGGAAACAUCCAGAUCCAGACCAGGAGGUCAAAGAGCAGCCAGCAGUGGCAGCGAGGAGACAGACUCAGAGACGGACAGCAAGAGCUCUGCAUCAUCCAACCUGAGCAACUGAAGCUGGUUGUUUCAUAAAAGAUGACACUGGAAAGUUUUGAGACAGUUUCCUCUCUCCUUAGUUCACACUAAGACUCUUCUCCUCUUAACUGUACACACAUUUGAUUUUCUAACAAGUUUGUUUUAAUAAUUUAACCUCUUCAUCUGGGACGCAGAGUGUUGGAUGUUCAUGUUAUGUUCAUAUGUACAAAUCAAAAGGUCUAUCAACUUCAACAAUCAUAUUUAAAGCACUUAUUAUGGAGUGGGGGGUGGGUCGAUCGAGAACACUAGUAAAUGUAUGAACCCUAUAACAAAAUUAAAAUGUUUCUUGUGUAAGUGUUCUUAUACAACAGUAACAACUUGUUAAUGUUUUAUAUCAGCACAACACUGUAUUUUAAACAAUAUUUAAUAAAAGUAUUGUGUAAUUUGAA